AUGCAGUUUCCAUUUCGCAAAUUCGCCCAAUUGGCUGGACGCUGGCAGGCGACAACCACUUUGUUUCUCUCAGCCAAUCAGACCUCGUCUUGGGAUGUUCGCGAUUGGGGCGUCAGCGAGGCGAGCGUGAAGCAGUUCUCGACUCUGUUCGCGAUGGGCCUGUUAGCGGACCUUCUUCAACCGCUAUACCGUGGCUGGGCAUUAACGGUGCUUCUUGCUGCUGUCGCCUACUCGUUUAUCCUCUCACCGUACUACGCCAAGCAGGCGGCACUGUCCUGCAGCCUUCACGACUUCAAGGAUUUCGUCCUCGUCAGCUCUCGUGUCGUCACACCCAACGGAGUCAUCCAUGCUGCUGUCACUGUCCGCGAUGGCGUCAUCACAGCCGUUAUUGAAGGCACGGCUGCGGAAUCUAGACCGUCCGGCUUGCCUGUGCUAGACUGUGGCGAUGCUGUAAUCUCACCUGGCCUAGUCGACGUCCAUGUACACCUGAACGAGCCUGGUCGGGAGGAAUGGGAGGGCUUCGUUACAGGCACACGAGCCGCUGCCGCUGGUGGUGUGACUGCACUGGUGGACAUGCCUCUCAAUUCUUACCCCACCACCACCACCAUCGAAGCAUUUGCGAUGAAGUACAAGGCUGCUGAAUCUAAGAUUAUGGUGGACGUAGGGUUCUGGGCUGGUCUGGUGCCGGAGAACGCUAACGAUCCUCACCAGCUGCAACGCCUGGUUGAUGCUGGAGUGCUGGGAUUCAAGUCGUUCAUGUGCCCAUCAGGCAUCAAUGACUUUCCGCAUACCAACUCCUCCCACUUUGAGAGCGCUCUACCCGUACUGGCUAAAGCCAAGCUGCCUCUGCUGAUUCACUCAGAAGUGGUUCUUUCUGAAACUGACUCCUCCGCAACUGCCUCUCACCCUAGCAGCAGCAGCAGUGAUGACAACAGUGGGAAUGUCAGCAGUGGUGAUGCAGAGGAGGGGGGUAACAUUCGUGCUGUGGUGGAAAGUGAGGGGAGUACUGAUGGUGGGGCUGGGAGCACAGCAGGGACAGAGCCAGAGAAGAGUGAUGGAGACCCACGGGUGUAUGCAACCUACGAGGCUUCCAGACCUCCCAGCAUGGAGCGUGAGGCGAUCGCUCAUGUGCUGAGAGUGGCACAGAAGACAGCAGCUGGGCAGCCGUGGGAGGGUGCAAAGCUGCACAUCGUUCAUCUCGCUGAUGUUCACUCGGUACCCACCAUCCAGGCAGCCAAGGCAGCAGGGGCAGCAGUGACGGUGGAGACAUGUCCACACUACCUUGCCUUUGCGUCCUCUGACGUGCCACCUGGGGACACUCGGUUCAAGUGCGCCCCUCCCAUCCGCAGCGACAGCAACCGCCGCAUGCUCUGGCAGGCACUCAUGGAUGGGAACAUUGACAUGCUUUCCUCGGACCACUCGCCCAGCCACCCGUCCCUCAAGAACCUGGACACGGGCAACUUCCUCACUGCAUGGGGCGGCAUUGCAGGCCUGCAGCUGAGCCUGCCAGUGACAUGGACGCAUGGCCAGGCAUUCAAUAUGUCCCUCAUGCAACUGGCGCGCUGGUGGAGUGAGGCACCUGCACAACUUGCAGGACUCCAGUCAAAGGGAGCAAUCGCACCCGGCAAGGAUGCCGAUCUUGUGAUAUGGGACCCAGAAGCCUCUUUCACAGUGGGUGUGGACGUGCAAGUGUUCCACCGCCAUGCGGUGACACCAUACAACAGCAGCACAUUGCAAGGGCGUAUCAUGGGCACGUAUGUGAGGGGAAACCUUGUAUACGCGGGGGACAGGCAUGCAAGCAAGGCAUGUGGGUUUCAUCUGGGCGUGACUUCCGCCUGGGCAGGUGGUAGCUCCACUGUUUCACCACCACCAGCCAAGGGUUACGCUACUACAGUGUCGCCAAAGGCGGAGAACAGCAGGGAUUGCAGCAAUUCGCACUGCCAUGGCGAUUUGCCGAAAUGCAAGGCACCUGUGAAAUCCGAGAGCGUGAUAAUCGGCGACCGGCAUUUGGUACUAUACGUGUCGAUUCUCAGUAUCAUCACAUCCGCUGUCGUUACGGGAAUCGUGCUAACACUUCCCAUGACGUCAUCCUUCGUCACCCGCGCUAUCCGCGCUUCGACUUCGCGACCGGCGGAAGGAGCGCCGGUAGAGGACUUCAGGGAGGUUGUCCGCGCGGAUGGGCGGAGACAAUGGGGGGAAGCGGAAGCUGACAGUCUCGGGGAAAGUAAAUCCGCGGGCGCGGAGGCGCAAGACUUGAACGCGCAAGGAAAGGAGCAGGCGCAGAAUGACUCGGAUUUACGGAAAGAAGAUUACGGUGAAGGGGCGGGAGCGGCGGGAGGAGUGGAGAACGAGGAGGGGGGAGAGGAUGCGGGGAUGAUAGUGGGGGCGGACGCUAGUGAAGAGGACGCCGCGCGCAUGGCGGCGAAUCUUACGGUGUGGGAGGAAGACUCGUGGGAUGGCGUGCAGAUGGUCGUGCAUGUCAAGGAUAGAGCACUGCACGCAACAGAACCGUGCAGCACCGUAGCAAGAGCACACGCUGCCCGCGUGCCAGCUGGUGCUGUGCCAGGCGCAAGCGACCUUCGAGGCGCCUCAAGAGUGUCCCCUUACUCCCCGCCCGCCACUCCCUCUCAUCCCCUUCCCCCGCACCAGGAGCACACGCUGCCCGCGUGCCUGCUGGUGCUGUGCCAGGCGCAAGCGACUUACACGUUUAAAAAGUGUCCCCCCACUCCUCGCCCGCCCCUCACUCCCCUCUCAUCCCCACCAACCCAUCAGGAGCACACGCUGCCCGCGUGCCUGCUGGUGCUGUGCCAGGCGCAAGCAUACGCGGCGCUGCAGCGCAUGCAGCUGGGCGUGCUGUGGGACACGCGCUUCUCGCACCUGCUCCCCCGCGUGCACCUGCGCGACCUCUUCCUCCCGCCCAACCUCCCCCUCCGCACGCGCCUCCCCCCCGGAUGGGUGGGCGUGCAGGGCGGGAAGGUUGUGGCGGAGCGGGGGGGAAAGAAGGAGGAGUUUCAGUCGCUCAAGCGGCACGGGCUGACGGCGUGUGUGCACGCGGUGGGGGUGGAGCGGUGCUACAGGGGCCUGCAACCCACGCGGCACAUCAAGCGAUUGCUGGCGCGAGAGAACAUCAAGCGCACGCGAGCCAGCGUCGCCGUACUCAUAGAGGACCCGCGCUACAACCGCAUGCGCGUGCCGUCCUGCCCCACCCACACCCCACUCUCCGCAUGCACAGUCCGACGCCUGCUCGCCUCCUUCCUCUCACACCCCACCAUCGACUUCACAGUCGCAGCCGCCACCGUGCCAGCGCACGCCGUGAUCGCAGCCGACUCCUUCCACCCGUCCCGUGCCCCGCACCUGCCGUUUGCGGCGCUCGUGCGCGGGCUGGACUGUGCGCCGUUUGAGAGCAUGCCCGGCGGGUGGGAGGCGCGGCUGGGCGCGGAGUGGAGUUUGCGGCGCAAGGGGAAGAGUGACCAUGAGCUUACUCUCGCAGAGGCUGUGCGCUGCACCCAGUUCCUGACGGCAGAGCUGCUGCUGCUAACAGAGGCGCCCAGCCUGCUCUACUCCUUCCCCUCGCCCGCGCUCAACCUCAUCAUGGCGCGCGCUGUUGCCCGCACACCCUCCUUCCACCUCAUGGCCCCCUCGCUCUGCGGCGCUCCCUGCCCGCCACCGCUGCUCCAGCAGAAGUUCGCCGAGCACAUUAUCGUCGAUGAGGAGCUGAGGGUGGCGUACUGUGCGUUGCCCAAGGUGGCCAACACCAGCUGGAAGCUCUGGUUCCGCCUCUUCCGCGUCAAGGGCAACGUCACCGCUGCCUUUGGCGUCCCCGACGCCACCAACGCCACUGAUUCUGCUGCUGCUGGAGCCGCUGGCGCAGCAGAGAGCGGCGGAGCAGCAGCAGCAGGGGGAGCAGCAGCAGCAGGGGGGGGAGGAGGAGCAGGAGGAGGGGGAGAGGGGGGGUUGAAGCUGAGUACGCGGGAGUUCAAGGCGAUUCACGUGUCGGAGGGCAACGGCAUCACGGAGCUGAGUGAGCUGGGCGAGCGCGAGGCCGUGCGGUUCCUGUCACGGCGCGACGUGCUGCGCUUCACGUUCGUGCGCAACCCGUACACGCGCGUGGCGUCUGCGUUCCUCGACAAGGUUGUCAAGGCCCGCGACUUCCUCAACAACGGCAGCGCUCGGCUCUACUGGGCUCAGGCGCUGUUCAAGCGGGCACCGCAGUACAGCAGCAUGAUGGCGCGGCAUCCAGACGGCAACUUCUCCUUCCCCGAGUUCGUCCAGCUCACAGAGGAAGCGCUGCAGCACCCGCCCACCGACAACCACAUCGACACUCAGGUGGAGCUUUGCGCUUUGGACUCAAUAAAGUACGACUUUGUGGGGCGGUUUGAGAGCAUGAUGGAGGGCGUGCAGUGGGUGAUGCAGCGCCUGGGCACGGAGCCGUACGGCGUGUUUGACAGCGGGCACACGCUGCAGGCCACUGAUGCUGACAAGCGCAUCGCCCGCCUCUAUGACAAGGUGCGUUGGAGAGAGGUGGAGGAGAGGUAG